AUGAGUAGUUCCCACUCCUGCCAAUUUUGUCAAGAAGGAUUUUCCUCCCGCAAUGCCUUGUUUCGCCAUUUGCGAACCACGGCAGACUGUUUUCAAAAGGCAUCCAACCAAAAUGGUACACUGCAAUCAGCACCAUCCAUUCCCUUGCCCAAACAAAAAAUUGGAAUUCGAUUUGGAUAUCGGUAUCCAACCAAAAACACAACUUCUUCUCUAUCAGAUGAUGCUAGCAGCACAAAAGCUUCUACCACUACUACUACAAAAGAUAUCCCAUUUUACGAACACGCCGCACAACGAGUCCAACAAGUUUUUUUGGAAGCCUUGCAAAAACACCAACCGGUAUCAUUCGAUGAGGAUGGACCCUUGACACAGGCCACAAUGGCACGAUUACGGCACGUGGUAUUGGCACAAGAUGACGAUUGCAGUGCGGCAUCCGAUGUUGUGGGGUUCCAUUAUCGAGGAGAAGAACUCCAUACCGCCAUGGCGGCAAGCAUAAGACACGAAAUGCAGCAAUUAUUGGAUAACAACACCUGGAGCAGCUCUAGCAGCUCUAUUCGAGUGCUCCACGUGGCAAGUCUCCCCAUGACGACCAAAUUUCAAGCCGAACAGAGUUGCACCCAACGAAUCUAUCAUUAUUUAUUGCCCAUGGAUUGGUUGCAAGGAGGAGACGACGUCCAGCAAUGGUGGAUCCAAAAACCAAAUCAACAACACAAUCCACGCGCGUACCAACGACGUCCGGCCGUGUUGAAACGGCUCAAACAAGCGUUGCAAGCACUGGAAAGUCGGACACUCGCGGAAAAGCGCAAACCCGAGGACCAACAUCCUGAAGAACCACCUGAAGAACCACCGGUAGAACAACCACCACCACAACCUGAAGAAAAAAUAGUAGAACACGGUCGCAGCACCAUGAUUGCCAGUCCGGGACGCUACGGAUCACUAUGGCAAAAAGAACGGCGCUGUUUUCACAACUUUUGCCACCUCGGGGGCAACCUUGCCAGUCCCAGCCACGAUCCCGUCUGGAGGACGGUCGAUCGCGCCAAAGUGAUGGGAUUUGUGGCUUCGGACAACAAUGAGAAUGUCAAUGCAGUGGUGGAAAUUCGAGGCGACGGUUUUGUCACGCAACAACUGCGACGCAUGAUGGGAGCCGUCGUCGCCAUGACCAAUGGAUGGCUGCCGAUCGACGAUUAUGUCCGCAUGGCCACACGCCCGGAUGUUUGUCUCGAAACGCCACUGGCGCCACCCCAGCGACUCUACUUUUCGGCCGGACGUUUUCAUUUCAUGGAAUUAUUGUUACACGGCGGAAAGAAUAAUAAUCAGAAUAGCAUGCAAUUGUUCGAGGAAUCUACUCCCGUGGCACAAGAAUGGCAACGCCAGUUGCAAUUGGACAUGAUACGACAAGCUUCUUCAAGUGCGCAAGAACAAGAGUGGCUGCAAGAACUCCAGCAGGUCGUGGCUCCCAGGAUUCGGGCGCAAAUGGAACGGAUUCAAGCAGAAGACCAGGAGAGAUUGCAAAAGGUUCAGCAACAGCAGCAGCAACAGCACGCCUUUCAUGGCGAUCAUACCACUGUCCGCAACAACCAACCACCACCCGGUCCUUACAUAGAGACGGUUUCCCUCUUGCGAAACAUUGUGGAACAAGAACAAUGGCCUCGGACAUCCAAAGCCAGAUCACGUGUCAUUCGAUCGGUCGUUGGCGCGGAGGAUGCCACUCCAACAAUAACAACAACAGCAAGAACGACAACCUCGUCCAAAUUUGCGGGAGAACGAUUCCAGAGCGGAUCGUUUACCGUGGUCAAUUCGGAAUUGUACGACCGAAAACUCCCGUUGGGCAAUCAACUGUUCCCAGAACUGGCCAAGGCAGUCUUUGAUUU